CUGUGACGUAAUUCCGGCGUGUGGGGCGAAAGCCGGGAGGUCUAGCGAGAGAUCGAGUAGGGAGCAGGCGGCAGGCAGGCGGGCGCACGGCAGGCAGAGGAGUGAGUGAGCCAGCAAGGGCGGCCGCGUCCCGAGAGCAGCCGAGAUUCCUCCCGUCCCUCUGACCCCCUCCCCGGAGCCCACAGCGCCUCCGGUCUCCAGCGGAACGGACACGGCCCGGCCCGGCAAUGGCCUCGUUGCUGAAGGUGGAUCAGGAAGUGAAGCUCAAGGUUGAUUCUUUCAGGGAGCGGAUCACAAGUGAGGCAGAAGACUUGGUGGCAAAUUUUUUCCCAAAGAAGUUGUUAGAACUUGAUAGUUUUUUGAAGGAACCAAUCCUAAACAUCCAUGACUUAACUCAGAUCCACUCAGACAUGAAUCUCCCAGUCCCUGACCCCAUUCUUCUCACCAACAGCCACGAUGGACUGGAUGGUCCCACUUAUAAGAAACGAAGGUUGGAUGAGUGUGAAGAGGCCUUUCAGGGAACCAAGGUGUUUGUGAUGCCCAAUGGGAUGCUAAAAAGCAACCAGCAGCUGGUCGACAUUAUUGAGAAAGUGAAACCUGAGAUCCGGCUGCUGAUCGAGAAAUGCAACACGGUCAAAAUGUGGGUACAGCUCCUGAUUCCCAGGAUAGAAGAUGGAAACAACUUUGGGGUGUCCAUUCAGGAGGAGACAGUUGCCGAACUAAGAACUGUUGAGAGUGAAGCUGCAUCUUAUCUGGACCAGAUUUCUAGAUAUUAUAUUACGAGAGCCAAAUUGGUUUCUAAAAUAGCUAAAUAUCCCCAUGUGGAGGACUAUCGCCGCACCGUGACAGAGAUUGAUGAGAAAGAAUAUAUCAGCCUUCGGCUCAUCAUAUCAGAGCUAAGGAAUCAAUAUGUCACUCUACAUGACAUGAUCCUGAAAAAUAUUGAGAAGAUCAAACGGCCUCGGAGCAGCAAUGCAGAGACACUGUACUGAGGCCAGGGCCGGGGCCAGGGGACUCUGUGAGUCUGGCCCAAGACCGACAUUGCCUUGGUUUGUUACAUGACUAUCGUGAUGGGGAAACUGGCUGGAAAUAGUAAUCACACCUCUCUCUGUUUUUAGUUAGCGUCUAAUGAAACUCUCAUGUAGUUCUGUGACGUGUUUACCUCUUUUUUCAGGCCUCAGGAACUCUUCUAUUCCCUUCCCUAAUAGCCCACACCCAGCCUGUCCUAAUUUCUGCAGAACGCCAGGUUUAUGUGCACAGGAUCUUGGCACAAGAGUACUUGUAUUUCUUACCCUCCCCCACCCCUCCACUCCUGUGUCUUGGGGUUUGUGUUUUCUUCUUUUGAUGGUCAGUUGGUUAGAAGCUGAGGGAACUGGCAGGAAAGUGCUAGGUGUUUCCUAGGGAUUGGGAUCAGGGGGAGCAGCUCCUCUCUUCCUGAUAUAAAGUUAGUGUCUCUUGCCACUCUGGGACAUUGGAUCCUCCCUGGCCCAGUUGCCUUAGUGAUAAUUUAGGGUUUCCAAUCUACAUCUGUCUCACCUUGAACUGAUCAUGACAAACACCUUAGACCUUCAGCCAAGGCCCUAGCUCCUUCAGGUGUUUUUAUAACUAUGAUUUUCACAUACAUGUAUGUGCGUGAUGCACACACACAUGGACAUGCACGCACAUGCCUUCCUAGUCUGUUACCUGAACUUCUCUCACCAAACCCUGUCACACACACUGUUCAGAAGGUGAUAGUUGUAUUAAUCCUCGUCCCCCAGGGCCCACUGUCUCCCAAUAUUGUAGCCUCUUGGUGCCCAGAGGCUGGAGAGUUGGAGAACCAAGAGAUGAGAAGCAGAGGGAUUGAGAAAGGCCCCUUGCUCUGUGACUCGGGUCCUUUUGGUGUUAUUACAAAAGCUGGUCCUCUGACUCCUGGUUGCCUCUUCCCAGGCCAUUUAGAAAUUGGGGGGUGGUCUGGGAGGUCCAGAUGCUGCCACUUCUGCUGGGCUUUCCCUUUGGGAAAAAUAUUUCUUAUUUAUAGUAUUGUGCUUCCAGGGAAAGCAGUCGUGUGUGUGUGUGUGCGCGCGCACAUGUAUGUACACAUUGUGUAUGUGGCAAUCUGCUGGGCAAGUCAAAACCAUAGAAGAGUUGCCUCCUAUCUCUUGAAUAUUCCAGAGAUACCACUUGUUACAACUUUUGCGUUAAUCCUCAUCAAACCCCACUGUUUUGUUCUACCAAUACUGGAGAGUGCAUAUCUGCACUCAGCCUGCUGGUGACGCUCAGUGUCUGUUUCUGACUUACAUUCUUCUCCUGUCUCUGUCUUCCAAUCCCCAAUCAUACUUCCCCCUGGAUGCGUCAUUUUUACUCCCAGUGUGCUGUAGAGAAGGAGUCAGGAUGCUGUCUUCCCAUGAAUAGUACUCAGUAACAAACCAAUUGCAUUUUAGUUGGGCAGUGCCCCUCCCCACCCUCCAGAUCCCUUCCAGCUAAAACCCCUCCCUUCUCCCACCACGUGUUUCUGUUUCCCCUUUUGUUUGUUGGAUUGUUCCACUGCCGCUCCACCUCACCCUACCUCCCUUGGAUCGUAAUGUAAAAUUCUUUUACCAUGUCAAGAAAUUAUUAAAAAUACAGGUACUUUGA